UACUACCAACCUGGUCCAGCGGAUUAUCAUACGAAACCGGAAGUAAUACAACCAAGGAAUCCAGCAUACAGUUGUCGUAAAAGAACUCCCAUGUCUUAUCCCGAAAGUAAACAUUUAAAUGUUGAUGCAGAUAAAAUUCCAGGACCUGCGAAUUAUCUAAUAGUGCACGAAUUUAUAAAGAAUGAUAGUCCGGCAUUUUCUAUGGGCCGCAGAAGUAAACCAUUGCAAACGGAAGAACGUCCUGGACCGAAUAGAUACUAUGUCGAAAAAUUCAAGAAACCUGGAGCUUCUACGGCACCCGCAUUUAGUAUGGGUAAACGCAUUGAAAGAGUUCAUCUAAGUAAAGGAAGUCCAGGACCAGCAGCAUAUAUGCCAACUUUACCACGCAAUGCCCCCAGUCAUUCCAUGUCUAAACGCACUAAAGAUCUUAAAGGCUUUACUAACCCAGCCCCGAAUGCCCACGUACCACCUUCAAAUCAAACAGAAAAGGGUAUCCCAACAAAUAUGGGCAUCUGCUUUAAAGGAAGACCUACUCCGUGGAUGUAUUCUGGUUUCAGAACUACAAAUUUAACAGAAGCUACAUCGGCGUAA